AUGGCGAACCUGCAGAGCCAGCCGAGUCUUGCGAGUACAUUACCAACUAACCUACCGGUGACCUUUAUGAAGGAAAUUACCAAGGAUUUCUCUGUUGACCGAGUACUUGGUCAAUCUGUUUUUGGAACAGUUUAUCAGGUUAAAGUUAAACAGGGUGUUCUUCCAGAAGGAGGCCGCAUGAUUGCUGUGAAGAGGCUUGCUGAAAACGCACCAGUGCCGGCUGGCAUAACAUUUGGAACUGAGGUUACAAAUCUUAUGGCACUUAAACACGAAAAUAUUGUAGAGCUGGUUCACUACUGCCAUGAGUCGCAGAAGAAAGUCGUUCAGCAUAAUGGAAGAUAUGUGAUUGUGGACGUCAUCGAAAGCUGUCUUUGCUACAAAUAUCUACCAAAGUUGAGUCUUGACAAAUAUGUUUAUGAUGAGCAAAUAAUGUACAAGCACCCAUUACUGGAUCCAAAUGGCCUUCAGCAAGUAAAAGCAUGCAUUAUAAUUGGACUAAAGUGUGUGGAGGCUGAUCGGAACAAGAGGCCUUCCAUAGCGGAUAUUGUUGAUAAACUCAAUGGGAAACGUGUACCAAUUUUUGACCAGGUCUCCCUUCCCAGCAUGCAUGAGACCUUGUCUUUCCAAGGAUAA